AUGGCAUUCAAUGGCUAUCUAAAUCUCUUCAACCUUGGUGUCUUGACUCUUAUUACAAUGGCGGCGGCUGUUACUCCUACUACACUUGUUGACCGGACAUCUCUAAAUCGGAGCAGUUUUCCGGCAGGUUUCAUUUUUGGAACUGCUUCCUCUUCCUAUCAGUAUGAAGGUGCUGCAAAUGAAGGGGGUAGAGGACAAAGUACAUGGGAUAACUUUACUCAUAAAUAUCCAGAAAAAAUAUUGGAUAGAAGCAAUGGAGAUGUAGCUGUUGAUCAGUAUCAUCGUUAUAAGGAUGAUGUUGCAAUCAUGAAGUAUAUGAACACAGAUGCAUACAGAUUCUCCAUCUCUUGGCCAAGGAUAUUGCCAAAAGGAAAAGUAAGUGCGGGUAUCAACCGAGAAGGAAUCAAAUAUUACAACAACCUGAUAAAUGAGCUACUCGAUAACGGUCUAGUACCAUUUGUAACCCUUUUUCAUUGGGAUCUUCCCCAAGCCUUACAAGACGAGUACGAAGGUUUCUUGAGCCCCAAUAUUAUAAAUGAUUUUCAGGACUAUGCAGAGGUAUGCUUCAAGGAAUUUGGAGAUAGAGUGAAGCAUUGGAUUACUCUUAAUGAGCCACACUCUUACAGUAUGGGUACAGAGCCCUACAUGGCCUCACACAACCAACUCCUUGCUCAUGCAGCUGCUGUCAAAAUUUAUAGAACCAAUUAUCAGGCUUCUCAAAACGGUUCAAUAGGCAUCACCUUAAACUGUCACUGGUUUUUGCCGUUCUCAAAUGACACAUUAGAUCAUCAAGCUGCUCAACGUGCUCUUGAUUUCAUGUUUGGAUGGUUUAUGCAGCCAAUGACAACAGGAGGGUAUCCACUAAGCAUGGUGUCUUUUGUGGGAAAUCGGUUACCAAAGUUCACUCAAGAGCAAUCCAAGAUACUUACCGGCUCAUUUGAUUUUAUCGGAAUCAAUUACUACACCUCAAAUUAUGCGGCCAAUAUACCACGUUCAAAUAACGACACAAGCAAAUCAACGUAUUUCAAGGAUACUCACGUCAAUUUAACAACUGCGCGAAAUGGGAUACCAAUUGGACCACAGGCUGCUUCACCUUGGCUAUUUGUUUAUCCAAGGGGGAUUCAAGAGCUACUACUGUACACAAAGACAAAGUAUAACAAUCCUUUGAUAUACAUAACAGAAAAUGGUAUGGACGAGUUGAAUGAUCCAACGCUACCACUUGAAGAGGCGCUCAUGGAUACUUAUAGAAUUGAUUACUUUUAUCGUCAUCUUUAUUAUAUUUCAUCUGCAAUCAAGCAUGGCGUGAAAGUACAAGGAUAUUUCGCAUGGUCACUUUUGGACAACUUUGAAUGGAUUGCCGGAUACACCAUGCGUUUUGGAAUUAACUUUGUUGAUUACAAAGAUAAUCUUAAAAGACACCAUAAGCUCUCUGCCCAUUGGUUUAAGAAUUUUCUUAAAAAACAUUAG